AUGAAGAACGGGUCAGUUGACAGCCACAGCCAGGCGGGUCCAGAUCCUCAGAUCCGAUCUGAACAGCUGCCCUCGACUGAUGAGUUGGCAGCCCCGGCUUUGGUGCAUGGCGUUGCAGCCACAGCUCCGUCAAGUUUGUCGCACCAAUCAUCCGCCCGGAAACGGGUCAAGUGUCGCUAUUUUGCGACGAAAAAUGGUUGUCGUGCUGGCGCAGAAUGUCCAUUCAUUCACGAUGCUUCCAAAUUGAAGCAAAACACCGCUCAAUUGGGUCAGUCAUCUGAGCCACAGGCAUUGACUGACAGCUCUCUCAGUCUGAACUCUGGCGUAGCUACCGGGGUGCAGAAUCUGAGCAUCGGUCCAGGCCAGUCGAAACAAGACUCGGCUCCUUCACAUGCCGCCCAGCCUCAACGGCCCGUCUCCAAGGUUGAGAAGAAUGACCCGAGAGAGUUUCAACUCAAUCAGUUGAGGCGGCGCUAUCGUCCAGAUGAGAAGUCUGAUGAUAACGAACACACAUUGGCCUUUGGCUUGGUGCCUUCUGACCCGGACUUCCCAUUCGAGUUGGAUAGUUUACAAUGUGUAUUGCACGUUCCACACUCCUUUCCCGGUACGGGACGGCCCACGCUGACCGUCACCAACCCGGAAAUGGAAUCGGCGUAUCAGAUGAACGUCGCGAGAGGAUUUGAUGAUAUUGUGGAUUUCACAAUGCGGACCAAUGGCCGGGGAACGUUGCUCAACUGGAUGAACACUCUAGAUAGGCAACUGGAGCGUCUGCUCACUACCUUGGAGAGAGGUCCGAAGCUGAAGUUUGUAGCGAAUGUGGGUGACCCUGCUGCGAACCCAGAGACGGUCGUGAAGGGGGCUCCUACUGCGACUAAGGCACCCGAAGAUAAAGUUGAGGCUCCCAUUGCCAAAGCACCGCCCGCAAAACCAACAUACACAACGGAGCAAAGAGAUAAAGCUGAAAAGCGGAGGUCAACAGAGACAAAGCAGCUUGAAGUUCGCUUGGGAAGGCUUCCACUGUUCCAAAAACGGACAGAGAAUUUCUUCACCAUCCCAAUCCAGCCCAACAAGGCAGACCGUCUGCCUAGGUCGCUUCAAUCGGUGAAAACCGUGAAGCUCCUGGUUCCCCACCUGUAUCCCCUGGAGCACAGCUCAAUUGAAAUCCAAGGAGCCGACAGCCCAGAGGCAAAAUCCGUGGAAGCCGGCUUCGCCCAAUGGCUCGAGAAAAACUCCCAGAUGAACUUGAUCUCGCAGAUCAACUAUCUGGCGAGCAACAUGCACAAUUUUGCCAAGACGCCUCUACCUGAAGUCGCCGAGCAAAUGCAGCUUGAACACACCCAUGGAGAGACAGAAUCGUCUUCGCAGAAAGUGGAAAAUAAACCUUUCACCGAAGCAGAUGGAGAUCGGCCCCAUCUACAUGUCAUUCCGCGCCCACCCGAGUGGUCUGUACCGGACACUCAUAGUGGAAGCGACGUUACCGACGAGUCAAGCUAUGACGAGGACUCCGGGGAAGAGACUGAAGAGGAAGAAGAUGGCGGCGCUCCCAUUCCGGCUGUUGUUGAUACACCAGGCCGGGGCGUUGCGCUUUCAUUCCCGUUCCUAGAGCUCUAUGGUAUUGAGUUGUUGGAAGUUAUCCACCUUGCUGUUACGAUUAAAUGCGAGCGGUGCAAGGAGCCAAUGGAUAUCAAGAAUGUUCCGCAGCUUAAAAACGCGAAGGACGUACCAAAAACCGAGUCUUGCAAGAAGUGCGCCAAUUCUAUGACUAUCGGCUUCCGGAGACAGUUGAUGCACUCGCAUGCUAAUCGAGCAGGAUAUUUGGAUCUGGAGGGUUGUACCAUUGUGGAUCUUCUGCCAAGUAAUUUCCUGCCAACUUGCGCGGAGUGUUCCACGGAGUAUCAUGUCCCUGGAGUAUCUGCCGUUCGGGCCGAGAGUGCCAUGGCUAUCUGCCGCCACUGCCACCGCAAGAUGGUCUUUAAGAUUCCUGAGGUCAAGUUCCUCCUCGUUGGAACCGCUGCAGGUUCUUUACGCUCCGGUCUUGCUCUAAAGAAGAAGCCAAAGGAAGCUCUCGGAAUCGUUGCAGGGCAGGAACUACCUCGACGAGGUCGUUGCUCGCAUUACGGAAAGAGCUAUCGCUGGUUCCGAUUCAGCUGCUGCUCAAAGGUCUUCCCCUGUGACAAGUGUCAUGACGCAGAAACAGACCAUCCAAAUGAGCACGCAAAUCGUAUGAUCUGUGGCUUCUGCUCGCGAGAGCAAAUCUAUAGACCGGAGAAUUGCGGCAUUUGCAAAGCUACGCUCGUCGGUAAGGCGGGUAGUGGGUUCUGGGAAGGUGGGAAGGGAACGCGAAAUCGGGCACUUAUGAGUCGGAAGGAUCCGAGGAAGUAUAAGCGGAGGGGUGGGACGGUUCCGGGGGGAUCGAGUUCGAAGAAGAAAUAG